UCUUCCUCACACCAAGAGCUGCUCCACCUAACGGGAAGCAACGACGGCGGCUUAAUCUUUCAUCAGGAAAAAGGGUGAAAGGCGAGACGAAGCCGUAAAGAACUGUCUUUGUUACCCUCUCAGCCUCCAGCCAAAAUGAUCCACAGCCUGUUCCUAAUCAACGCCUCAGGGGACAUUUUCCUGGAGAAGCACUGGAAGAGCGUGGUCAGCCGCUCUGUGUGUGACUACUUCUUUGAGGCACAGGAACGCGCCACUGAGCCGGAGAACGUCCCACCAGUUAUACCCACACCGCAUCACUACCUUAUCAGUGUGCUCAGGCAUCGCAUCUACUUUGUUGCAGUCAUCCAGAGUGAGGUGCCACCGCUGUUUGUCAUCGAGUUCCUGCACAGAGUCGUCGACACGUUCCAGGAUUAUUUUGGAGUGUGUACCGAGGCUGCUAUUAAGGACAAUGUGGUAGUGGUCUAUGAACUACUGGAGGAGAUGCUGGACAACGGCUUUCCACUGGCCACAGAGUCCAACAUCCUCAAAGAGCUCAUUAAGCCUCCCACCAUCCUCCGCACAAUGGUCAACACCAUCACAGGCAGCACCAAUGUUGGUGAACAGCUCCCAACAGGCCAGCUGUCAGUGGUGCCAUGGCGACGCACCGGAGUCAAAUACACCAACAACGAGGCCUAUUUUGACGUGGUGGAGGAGAUCGAUGCUAUCAUCGAUAAAUCAGGCUCCACUAUUACAGCAGAAAUCCAGGGAGUCAUUGAUGCCUGCGUAAAACUGACAGGCAUGCCCGACCUCACUCUCUCUUUCAUGAAUCCUCGGCUGCUGGAUGAUGUCAGCUUCCACCCGUGUGUUCGGUUCAAGCGCUGGGAAGCUGAGCGGAUCCUCUCCUUCAUCCCCCCCGAUGGAAACUUCCGGUUGCUCUCCUACCAUGUCAGCUCCCAGAACCUGGUGGCGAUCCCAGUGUACAUCAAGCACAACAUCACCUUCCGAGAGGGAAGCUCCCAGGGACGUUUUGACUUGACUCUGGGACCAAAACAGACCAUGGGCAAGGCCGUGGAGUCGGUCCUAGUCAGCAGCCAGCUGCCCCGCGGCGUCCUGAACGCCAAUCUCAACCCCACCCAGGGAACAUACACCUUCGACCCAGUCACAAAGAUGUUGAGCUGGGAUGUUGGCAAGAUCAACCCUCAGAAGCUUCCCAGCCUGAAAGGCACCAUGAGCCUGCAGGCCGGGGCCUCCAAACCUGAUGAGAACCCCACCAUCAACAUCCAGUUAAAGAUCCAACAGAUGGCCAUCUCAGGGCUGAAGGUGAAUCGACUGGACAUGUACGGUGAGAAGUAUAAACCUUUCAAAGGUAUCAAAUACAUGACCAAAGCUGGCAAGUUCCAGGUGCGGACAUAAGGACUACUGCUCUGCGACUACUGGACCAAACCACCAUGACACUAAGGGAUGCUGUGAUGGGGGAAGAAGAGAGAGUUGGUACAUUCCCUGUGUACUGUAUAUGCAUUUCAGGAUUUAACAAAUUAGAGGCGCCAUUUAGCACUCAAGAAUGGACCAUUGCACAUAAAAUACCCUCUGUUGAAGUAAAAGUGUCAAAUGUCCCGUAACCUUGUCAGAGCUUUGAGUUUGAACCAAGAGUAAUAAUGGUGCGUUCCAUUUGAAGACGGACUUUCCAAGUUCCAUGUCGGAAAUUUUUACUGUAACAUCCUCCUGAAGUUGGAUUUUGGAGUUGGGCCGAGAUGGCUUCUCUGUGGAUCAACAGUAGUUAAAAUGGUAGAAAAUAUACAGUUAAUUAGCUCUUCUGUCUUAUUUGUGACUCACUAACUGGCUAGAGCUAACCCCACUGUGCAAAAAACCGGUUAUUCCAACUGGUUUAUCUGCACAGUCAACAUCGGCUGUGACGUCAUUCCCAGCUCUGACUUCCGAGGUAAAUGGAACGCACCAUGAAGCAUCCAUCUCUGUCCAAGCUGAAUCGAGGCCCAACCCAACCCAACCAUCUCAGUUUAUAUUUCUCUUUGGAUGUACUGAUCAUUAUCAAUAUUCAGCCCAAACUAAGCCUAGGCAGUUACAUGGGAAGUUUAUGUUAAUACAGGCUUCAUCAAGUUCCAACAUUUCAAAUAUUCUGAUGCUGCAGAGCUUCAGCCAUCUGUCCUCCACCUUUUUCACACAGAAAUUGAUUGUCUAUGGCAAAACAAACAAGAUGUGUUAGAUAUAGGAACAACGAACGGUAUAUAAAACAAGAGCUUCCCAGAAUCCUCGGCUAAACUGAGACUGCAUGAGCUGUAUAGUAUGAAGUUCCGUGUUUUCCCAUGUCAUGGAAGAUAAACAGAGUUGUCUUUCAGCACAUUAGCAAAACUGAGUCAAGGAACUAGUGGCAGUAGAUCAGGUGGAUGUGCUGUACCAGACUGUACAGUACUGUACAUUUCUUUUUAAAUCCGUAGGACAGUUAAGCCUCUAAUCUAGAAAACCUAAAUUAAAGUAAAAAUGAUAUUUUUUCACAAAACAUGCUCCUUGAUUUUAACGAAAACGAUUCUACAUUAUUCUUCUUGAAUCUUUAUUAAAUCAUUAAUUGCAACCUACCAAUGAAAAUAGGCAUCGCUGUAUUUCUUAUCGCCCUUCUGCCUCUCCUCUCUAGCUUUUCUUGUUCUUUUUUCAAGCAGUCCUCUGUUCUCCUGUUUGUUCUUCUGUUUGUUCUCCUGUUCUCUUCUUGUGCUCCUCAUCUCCCAUUGCAAUAGCGUGAUGAUUUGGUCUGCAUCACUGGAGUCAGCACGCUGACAUAUGAGACUGUAACACUGGAGCCGUCCUCAAUCAUCACUUUCACAUCUGCUGGUCCUAACGUGUCCUUUUAAUGCCAGUGAGAUGGAUGCAGAGUGUUUGAGCUGUUUAUUACCAAGAAUUUCAGGUACAUGUUCAAAUGUUUUUUUUUCUACUUCGACUAUUAUUUAUUAAACAAACCAAGAUGAUCCAUUUGCUUACGUAAUGUCCUAAGCAGUGUUUCAUUACAUUCUUAAAUGCUUUAACUCUGAACCAGUUGUCAUUUAACCAUAUUAUGACCCAACAGUAUCAGUUUUUGUUCUCAGCAUAUAGAAACAUUGCCAUGAAUAAUAUUUUUGAUUGUAUCAAUUUGGUGCUUAACACUGUGUGGUCUAAAUUCUCCCAAAAAGAGUUCCUCAGUGCAUCGCAGUCUGCAUCUUAAUAUCUAUUUUAACAAGUCAAGAUAAACAUAUUAAACUAUGUAUUGUGGUAUAAUGGCCUCAGAAGACCUUUAACAUCAGAACACAAGGUUUGCAUUUUGUUUGUGUUUGUUAAACAGCCUCCAAUGGAGUGUUACAAUGGUGUAAAAAUAAAGAUUUGAUGUGUU